CAAAAGUUGGAGGUGAGGCGAGUUGGCUGCGGCAGAGUACGUGGAAAGGAGCCAAGGUGGGUACACCUUGACACACCAUAACUCUUCUGUACACCAACACACCAACCUAUUACACUAAACACUCCAAGAUCAUCGUCAAUGAAAAUGUGCACACAAAACAAAGUUUCAAAUAUAUUGAAGAAAUGUUUUUGACAGUGAAAAAGUUAUUAUAUAUUGAAACAAAGAAUAUCACGUUAUAAACACUAAUAACAAUAACAUAUAAAAGAUGAAUGUCUUAACUUUCUACAUAGAACUUCUAAUGGAAAAUACAAGAUACAUAAUUACAGUAUGAAACUAAAUAAACGUGAACUACAAGUGUAUUUUUAAGAACACGCGUGACUGAUCAAUGACGUUAAUACAAGUGAAUUUAGAGUAACCAUUAGAGACGUUGAAUGAAGCGACCCAGGCAAUGUUAAUAUGACCACAGUCAAUGGUUUAACUACAUUCAAGUUAAGGUGACUGACUACAUUAACAAGUAAACUCAUGCUAGAUAACAAUAAAACGCAAUUACUAACGAAUUAUAAAUAUAUUUACAUGUAUUACCAUAACACGUACAAUAACUGCGAAUAUAAAUGACAAAUAAAAGUAGCCCAGUAAAGCAACCAGUAUACAAAAAAGGGAAUCUGAAUAAGGUUGUAGCGCACCACUCAGGCGAGUGGGUGAGUUUCCACAAGCCACAACACUAGGGUGGGUGGCGGCCAUGAUCGUGGAUGCUGUCACUGUAUCUUGCGGGUCUGACGGUGUCAUGGCCGAAGACGACCCCCUCCGCCCCGCCUUCAGUCCCCCAGACCCAAGUCAUAACCCCAGCGAGGCCAACCCAUCUGCAGAGGCCCGCCUUCACCACCCCAGCCAAGCCAACGCCACGUCAGAGGCCAGACGGCACACGGAGCCCCAAGCUAGCCUCAUUGAAACCCAGCAGCAGCAGGAACACAAGUUCCCAGAGAAGACACUCUCUGGGGACACCAAGGGUUGCGGGGAGGUGUGCCAAGGGUGCCACGACGUCAUCGCUGACCGCUUCCUCCUGAGGGUCAACUCGCGCUCCUGGCACCAAACUUGUCUCAGAUGCUGCGUCUGUCAGCUGGCUCUAGACCGUCAGCCAUCUUGCUUUAUACGUGAACACAACGUCUACUGCAAGACAGACUACACCAGAAACUUCGGGGCGCGGUGCGCUAAGUGCUGCCGCAGCAUCGGUGCGGCAGACUGGGUGCGGCGAGCUAGGGACCGUGUCUACCACCUAGCCUGCUUCGCCUGCGACGCCUGCAAACGGCAGCUGAGCACAGGAGAAGAGUUCGCUCUCCACGACAACCGCGUCCUCUGUAAACAACACUACCUAGAGUCCAUCGAGGGAGGCGCCUCCAGCAACGAUGAGAGUGAUGGCAGUGGCAAGGCCAAGAGCAAGAGAGUACGCACCACUUUUUCGGACGAGCAGCUGCAGGUGCUUCAGGCCAACUUCCAGAUCGACUCCAACCCCGACGGGCAGGACCUGGAGAGGAUCGCGCAGAUCACAGGGCUGAGCAAGCGAGUUACGCAGGUAUGGUUUCAGAACAACCGUGCUCGACAGAAGAAAUACAUGACCCAGGGUAAGAGGCACAACGCCCCGCCUGCAACACCAGUCGGGCCAGCUGGGUAUUCCCUAGAGCGGGCGCCCUCCCGACUCUCUGACUACGGCGAUAUUUCUUCCUCUUCCUCCUCGCCUCUCGACUCCCCUCUCUCCCAGAUCCUCUACAGCUUCGGAUGAUUGUCGGCCCACGCCCACACAUACGCCCACGCCCACAUGCAUCAGCAGGGCCAGCCAGGGCUUGAAGAGGAGGGCGCCUCGGAGCACCCGUCAUCCAGGGUUCCAGAGUCCCACCGCCUCGCCCUUAACACAUCUUCCGAGGCCGCUAUCCUGGGAAUGGGCGUGGGCCUUGGAAUGGGAAUCUUCAGAGGGGAAGGAGGAGCAGGAGGAGGAUAUCAGGAUGUGUACGAGUGUCCCGUAUCAUUGGCACGAGAGGACAUAUUCGAGAAGCAGAGGCAGGACUUCAAAGACCAGGAGGACGGAGCCUCGUGAGACUACAAGUGAUAGCGUUUUCAACAUAGCUACUCCAGCGACUGCUCCUCAGUGUAUAUAAUUCAUAAUACCUUAUUUCAAGACUGGUGACCUUCACAUAAACGAUAAUCUGCAUUAAAACUCAUCCCCAGUUUUCAUAAAGAAAGUUUUUAUCAGAACUGAAGGAUGACCUUUUAAUCACACAAACUUGAGUUAGAGAAGUGUACACGCAAACAACUGUGAGAAAUUUGCAAAGAUUGUGAAUUAAAGAAAAAAGAUAAUUGUUUAAAGUAAUAUGAGUUGUAAUAGCAACUGUAAAAAGUAACUUGGCAGUUACUACAGUAGAUGGAGCAGGCGGACUAGACUCUUGUAGUGUGUAGUUAAUAAAAUAUUCAGUUACGAUUUAGUUGUACAUGUGAAGACAACAGCUGUCUACAACCCGAAGUAUUUUGACCGCGUAGUUUAAGGCAAUGCUUUUAGGUAAGGGAAUAAAGUGGAUUAUUUUAUGAAUUGGGUAUUUAUAUAGAUAAUGAUUUUGGUCUAUACAUGGAAAAGUAACCUUGAAAUAUCUCCCCUCCCCUCUCUUUAAGUUUUGAUUUAAGUUCAUGCACAGAGAGCUAACUUAUCUUUCACACACACAGACUUCUAUUUUUAUCUCAUAUACACCAAUUACUGUUCGUCACAUACACAAACUUCUCUUUCUCUCUCUCACAGAUAUAACUAAUUUCCCUCUGGAUUUCUUACCUUCACCAAAAUGAACAAUCUUCGGCCUGCUACACUUUUCCUCCAACGUACGACAAGAAAAAAAAAUGAGACUGGGUAAUUUUUGAAUUGCAAAUUCUUCUUUAGGUAAAUCUGCAUGCGUAAUAAAUGGUUUCCCGAGGUGGAUUGUGAGGGGGGGGGAUAUGAGGGUGUGAGAGGCUGCACGAGACGCCGCCACUCACAACACUGCCUCACAGUUUUUAAGAUUUCCCAACCCUCCAAAAAUUUAAUGACAAACAAUGUAUCAGCAACAGCAAACACAAAAAUAGUUUUCAUUUCCUUAUUGGUUCGACUGUAAAUGUUGAACUUUAAAACAAUAGUAAUAAAAACAACAACAACAAAUAUAAGACAAAUGCGAAAUAUACAUGUAACUGAGAAACUUAAACAAUUAUAGUACACAAAAUAAUAAGUAACAAUUAGAAUUAUAAGACUUUAGAAUGUUAAAAAUAGUACGAUACCUCAAACUUAACUGAUACAGUAUAACAAGAAGAAUAUUUGUUUUAAGCACGAAGUCUAAACACUCAGUCAGCUGCUGUGAGAAUAUACAGUGAAGCCCCGGUGUUUGAACUUUACUGGUUCCUUGGUGGUGUUCGAAUUGCGAAAAGUUCGAUGUCCGAAUCAAUAUUUCCCAUUUAAAUACAUGUAAAUGUAAUUAAUUGGUUCUGGGCCACGAAAAGCUCGCACUAUGCUAUAAAACACUUAUGUAAUUAAUAUCAUGUCUGUUAAUAAAGUAAAUGAACAAAGAAACUAGAACCUUACCUUCACUGUCUUAAGUUGAUUGGCACAGGUGGAAGUUGCAGAGGAGGGAGGCUACUGUGUGGAGGGGAAGUUACCUUCCAUGAAAACAUAUGGUAACUCCACCUCUGAAGUGAUGUGGUCUCUUUCUGUCUCUUUGCACUAACACUGGAAGAUUCUGGCGGCUCAGAACUGGCAGGUGUAUUCGUUUUUUUUUUUUUAUCUUUUAAAAGGAAUCUGUCCAAUGUGGUCUGUAUCUGCCUACCCCUCAUAAUCUUCCUAAAGUGUUCAACUACAUUAUCACUGAAGGAAUUGAUGUGCCUCACCACAGCAACGUCAGAGUGCCAUUUCUCCACUAGGGAGAUGAUUUUCUGAACCACUGGCUCUGCCUCAAAGUCUCUGCUCGCCACAGUCAGGCCACAUCUUCCUCCAAGCAGAGUUAAUUGUCCUUUGGAAAACAUCUCCCAAGGCUUUAAUUAUCAACCUUACACACUGGAGGAUGUUGAACUGACUCUUCCAAAAGUCUCUGAGAGUUAGGUCAGUGUCAGAUGUCACUUUAAAAAAUUUUGAAACAGGACUUUCGACGCCAACUGAAUUACAAACAAGCCGGCGUGUUCGGAUUCCAGAAAAACGUUCAAAGACCAAGUCAACUUUUUCUUAACCAUAUUGUUCGGACGUCCGGUAUCUUCGAACACAGGGGUUCCAUUGCAUAUAAAUUUAGAUUGUUUUACCAUAUUUUAAUACUUAAUAAUGAGAUAUGAGUCGUCUCCUGUAGCAUCUUGUAUAACAAUGUUCACACAAUAUAUCUUCACGUCUCCCACUAUAUCUUUGUCUUCCCCCUCCCAUUUAAGUCUCCCACGUUGUUCACGUCCCCCAUCACAGUCUCAAGAAAUUACCAAGCGUUCAUGUACACAUGGAAAGUUACUAAGUAUAUAAACGUGUGUGUGUGUGUGUGUGUGUGUGUGUGUGUGUGUGUGUGUGUGUGUGUGUGAGAUUAAUCAUUCACAAUUACCUUUCUGGAUGUGAAGAACGAGCUCUCUCACGUGUAAUAGAGGUGGAAGGGGAGAAGUCAGUCCGUCUUCAUAUAACGCGUCCGUUUUACAACGUUUUUGCAUAAAGUUUACAUAUGGGUUUACUCCUCCUCUGCGUUAUUACCAGAUAACAUCCUCCCUGUUCAUUCAUUUCUCGGCUGGUUAAUUUACAUUAACUUAACCCAACCUACCAUAGUCUAAAUUAUGUUAACCCAACAAGGAGAGUGAUCUCAUUGUAACAGCGGCCAGGUAAACAGUUUGGCUGAAACGUUGGAAAUCCAACGUUUCAACCACCUGCCGAUCGUUGGCUUUCACACGUUUCUACAAGAGUCACUGGUUAGAGCGUCCAGCAACCACGCUCUGCAAUAAGUUGUAAAACUUCCUUAUUAUUAUGAGGACGGAUUAAAGAGUGUGGUUACUUUGACCACAUGUGUAAAUAGUAUGUAUGUUUGAUUUACAAUGUUAACUUCUUAAAAAAAAAAAUAUAUAUAUAUAUAAAUAUAUAUAUGUAUAUACAUACAUAUAUACAGUAAGACUGUGAGAACCGAAGGAACAAAAAACAAGAUGUCACAAUACCGUGACUGGAACAGUACCGUGACUGGAACAAUACCGUGACUGGAACAAUACACAAAUAACCCGGACAUAGGAGACAGGAAAUUACCACGACGUUUCGGUCCGACUUGUACCAUUUACAAGCCACUCUGAAUGGUUCGAGUCGGACCGAAACGUCGUCAUGAGCUUUUCUCUCUCCUAUAUACGUGUUAUUUGUGAAUUAUAGGAAUGUUCAGAAUGAGAGGAAAUAAAGUCGUACCAAAUGGAGUGCAAUCAAGAAUGCAAUUAAAGAGUGUAAUUAAAGAGCACAAAUAAAGAGUGCAAUUAAAGUGCAAUCAAUUAUUCUAUUAGUAUUGUAUUUUAUUACAAUUUAUUGUCUUUGUAGUCAAGUUAUAUAUUUUAAAACCAAUAUUUUAUACUUGUUUUCAAGCUGGUAUUAAACCAUUUGUUUUAAAUUUUGAUGAAACCGUUUUUUAAACGUUUUAAUCCUUUGUUUUAAUUCUUUGUUUAAAAAGGGUUUAAAACCUUGUUUUAAACCCUUUUUAAAUCCUGCAUAAAACAUAUUUUAAAUGCUGUUUUAAACCAGUUUUAAACCUUGUUAUAAACUUGUUUUAAGCCUUGUUAUAAACCCGUUUUAAAAAUUGUUAUAAAACCUUCCUAAACCUUGUUUUAAAUAUAUGAUAAACCUUGUUUGAAACUCCUUUUAAACCUUGUUCUAAACAUGUUUCUUUCACUUAGUUUUAA